AUGGUUCCUCCAAAUUCCAUCGACUGGGAUGCGGUGAGUGCAGGCUUUGCAAACCUGGAUGAAAAUCCUAUCGUGUUUGCUGUCGUAGUGUCUAUCAUUGGUGUCUAUUUCAUUUUGCUUGUAUGGGUACGACGAUUGGACAAGAAAGAUCUUAAAGAGGUAAACAUAAGACAACUAUCCUAUUCUUGCGAAGUAAAAUCCUUUAUCUCAAAAGUUAGUUGCUCCGUCAGUAAUAUAAUUGUGGACCCCAACUAUUCUGACUAAGCUAAACUAACUUUAUUAAACUAACUAAAGAUUAUCCGUUAUUGAUCCAGAGUUACUACAGGAGGAAAGCUUAACUAAGCUAACUUUAUUUAUACUGGAUAGCUUUAUCAGUUCUAAACUGUUCUUCCUGGAGGUGCAGUAAGGAUCAUCUCUUAUUGAUCCAGUGUUACUACAGGAGGAAAGCUUAACUAGGCUAACUUUAUUUAUGCUGGAAAGCUUUAUCAAUUCUAAACUGUUCUUUCUAGAGGUCCAGUAAGGAUCAUCUUUUAUUGAUCCAGUGUUACUACAGGAGGAAACCUAAACUAAACUAACUUUAUUUAUACUGGAUAGCUCUAUCAAUUCUAAACUGUUCUUCCUGGAAGUCCAGUAAGGAUCAUCACUUAUUGAUCUAGUGUUACUACAGAAGGAAACUUAAACUUAACUAACUUUGUUUAUACUGCAUAGCUCUAUCAGUUCUAAACUAUUCUUCCUAGAGGUCCAGUAAGGAUCAUCUCUUAUUGAUCCAGUGUUACUACAGGAGGAAACCUAAACUAAACUAACUUUAUUUAUACUGGAUAACUCUAUAAGUUCUAAACUGUUCUUACAAGUGUUCUAGUUAGAAGCAUCUAUUAUUGAUCCAGUGUUAGUCCAAGAGUCACUGAAAAAAAACUUUUGGCUUAUUCUAAUAUCUUUCUUUUCUCCACAGUUCGUCACCAUUCCCCUACCAGACAACGAUCCGCGCGACAACUACAACUACGAAGUCGUGGUCUACACGGGGCAUCCAAAAUAUUCUGGCACUACGGCUAAAGUCUUUAUAGUCAUCUUUGGAAGUCGCGACGAAACCGAGCCACGCGCCCUCGUGGAUUCGACCAACACCGCCUUAAAACCGGGGGGCGUUGACACCUUUGUCCUAAGCGUUCCCUCGAGUCUCGGAAAACUCGAUCACGUGCGAAUCUGGCAUGACAACAGCGGGGAAUCCGCGAGUUGGUAUUUGAAUCGAAUAUUAGUUCGUGAUGUUCAGACCGAUCGGAAAACUUGGUUUCUUUGUGAUCAAUGGUUCGCGGUCGAAGAAGACGAUGGUCUUAUUGAGAGGGUUCUUCCCGCAGCAACUAAAGAUGAUUUGGUUUCGUUCAACUUUUUAUUUUCGAUCGAAGCGAGGCGGAAAUUAUUUGACGAGCAUUUAUGGUUUAGUGUUCUUUCGAGACGUCCACGCAGUCAAUUCACACGCGUGCAGCGCCUCUCGUGUUGCCUCGCGGUAAGUUCCUAUGUAUAGUAAUAAUUAUUUAUUUAUUUAUUUACUUAUUUAUUAUACUGGGUGGAAGCACCAGUUUCAAGAUGGUAGCAGUUUUUCUACCUUUGCUAAAAUAUAUUUAAAAUAUAUUAUUUUUUACAUAAUUAUAUAUUUCUGUCUUCAUGUGUGUAUAUAAUUCAUUCAAAGUCCAGUAGAUUUGAAAUACUGUUGUAUUUCUUACUAAUUUUUAUGUGUGCAAAAUAGUCAAUCGAGUGAGAUUUCCAAAAUCCUCUUAUUGAGUUUUUGUUUGUCUUUUAGCUACUGUUAUCCACCAUGCUCGCGAAUGCGAUGUUCUAUCAAACGGACGACAGUUCUUCUUCAGGCAACGAAGUCCGGGCUGGUCCUUUGGUGUUUUCUCUCAAGCAGCUAUGGAUCGGUUUCAUCAGCUGUUUGGUUAUAUUGCCCGUCAAUGUACUCAUAGUGCAUAUAUUCCGUAAUGUGAGACCCAAGGAGGGACCAAAUGACGAGGAUAAGAAUUCCGGUAAUGCUCAGAAAUACGCGGUGAAUGAAGGGAAUGAGAACGAAGUCUCGUCUGAUCCAACCGAAAACUUGGUCAGUUGUUCUAAGGUGAGAUAUACACGAUUCAUUUUGUAGUUGGUGAGUUAGUAGUAACUCAAUAACAGUGGAUCAAUAAGAGAUGAUCUUUACUGGAACUCUAAGAAAAACAGUAUGGAACUGAUAGAGCUAUCCAGUAUAAAUAAAGUUAGUUUAGUUUAGUUUAGGGGUCCUCCUGUAGUAACACUGUGCCAAUAAAGGUUGACCUUUGCUGGACCUCUUGGGAGAACAGUUUAGAACUGAUAGAGCUAUCCAGUAUAAAUAAAGUUGGUUUAGUUUAGGCUUCCACUUGCAGUAACUCUGGAUCAAUAAGGGGUGAUCCUUACUGGACCUCUAGGAAGAACAGUUUAGAACUGCUAGAGCUGUCCAGUAUAAGUAACACUGGGUCAAUAACGGUAAUCUUUAGUUAGUUUAGCUUAGUCCGAAUAGUUGCGGUCCAAAAUUUUAUUACAGGAGCUCUAGGAAGAACAAUUUAGAACUGAUAGAGCUAUCCAGUAUAAAUAAAGUUAGUUUAGUUCAGGUUCCUCCUGCAGUAACAAUGGAUCAUCAAUAAGAGAUGAUUCUUACUGGUCUUCUAGGAAGAACAGUUUAGAACUGAUAGAGCUAUCCAGUAUAAAUAAACUUAAUUUAGGUUUCCUCCUGUAGUAACACUGGAUCAAUAAGGGAUGACCUUUACUGGUUUUCUAGGAAAAAGAGUUUGAAACUGAUUACAGUAAGCACAUCUACAGUCUAGUUUAAAUCUAACACAUUACUCUUCCCUCUCAUAUAGACUUCGCUGCCUCGGAAAUUUAUCUACGUUGCCUACAUUUUGCUUUUCCUAACAAUCUCAGUAUCCGCAACUUUCACCGUCUUCUAUGGAUUUACAUUCGGCAAAGAGAAAUCAGAGAAAUGGAUCAGUUCCACAAUGCUUUCAUUCUUCCAAGACUUAAUGUUGUUACAACCUCUGAAAGUGUUCGCUGCGGCGACGUUCAUAGCCCUCAUCAUCAAGGAUCCGAAUAAAGUCGACCAAGGAGAUAAAAGCGACAACACGCCUGAGAUGAUGGAGCAGGUAUGACGGAGAAAAUUUAAUGGGAACUGAGUGUUUGGAUGUCAGUUUUCAGAUAUUUUGUAAGAUGACAGUUCCAAAUGGAUGAUGAUGCCAGCUUUAGACGAAAUUUUGAUCUAGACAAGCAGAACGAAAUCCAUCACCAUGGCUGGAAAGAGCAUCUUAAAAUGAGUAAAAGUGCAAAGUUUGGUCGCGAAAUGUUGUAAAAUGAGGAAAAUAUAGCCCUGUGAAGUUCGCAAAUUUUGUAUAUAUUUGCAUUACGCGCGGGAAAAAUAACCAUUUUUGAGCCGAAAGUGGUUAUUUUUACCGCGCCUAAUAGGAAUAUAUACAAAAUUUGCGAACUUCACAGGGCUAUAUAUUUUUUCAUUUUACAACAUUUCGCAACCAAACUUUGCAGUUUUACUAAUUUUAACAUGCUCUUUCUAGCUGUGGUGUUGGAUUUCGUUCUUCUUACCUUGAUCAAAAUUUAGUCUAUAGCUGGAAUCACCUAUUACUGUUUCAUCAUUCAUUAGCUAUCACUUAAGAUAUUGCGUCUUCAGCUAAAAUUCAAGCGAAUUGUCAGCUGUCAGUAAGACAUUUAGCAAAAUGUCACAAGUUCCAAAGUCAGUUAUCGUUUAAGAUAUUUUGUCAGUUAUCAAAAAUACUAGCAAAUGUUUGUAGUGAGUUAAAGCCAUUCAAGGUUUAACGCAAAUCAAAACAAUAUCACGAACUCAUUCUUGUCUUGUUAUGACUCAUGUCUUGAGUUUUUUUAACAAAGAAGAAUUACUUAUUAUUUCAAUUAUUUUAGAUUGAGGACCAACAAGUGGGCGACGAAGAACAAUCGAUAAACGACGACGACAUUUUCCGAGAGCCUAUGACGCCGAGAUCGAUGGUGAAACCUCCAGCAGCGUCUGAACUCGUUGCCGUGAGAGAACUGCGUACUAAACAGAAAAUGAUGCGACGUAUUAUCAGCGAAGUUUGUUGGUAUAUUGCGUAUCUAGUGUUGAUAUCUAUCGUGGCAUAUGGUAACCGGGACCCUAAGGCUUACCUUGUUACCAAGACAAUGAAUGAUUUGUUUGUCGAGAAUAAGUAUUCUGCAAGAUUACGGUUGAACGAUGUAAGUAUGAAAAGAAUGUAUAUUAUUUUCUCUGGUAUGGUAUGGUAUGGUAAGGUAUCCAGGUGAUCUCGUGUUCGUAUUUUAGCCAAUCAGCGCUCAGAAAGAGUUGUCCGAAUAGAAAUCCAUUUUGAUGUAUUCAGUCAAUUAUAUCUUUCGUUAUUCUUUAUGAAACUAGUUGAAAUUUUGUAAUUAUGUUUGGUUAUGAGAACUAUAGCUCUGACAAAAAUAUGGAAUCGAAAUAAAGUAUAUUACAGGAGAUUUUCAGUUGUUUUAAUCAUAAAAUGGAGUUCUAUUUGACAACUAGUGCCAGUACUUUUCCGCGUAUCAAGAUCAUCUGGAUGGUAUGGUAUGGUAUGGGUGGUAUGGUUUAAUAUUGUAUAUAUGGUGUGUGGUAUUGUAUUGUAUUGCAUUGCAUUACAUUGCAUUGUAUUGUAUUGCAUUGUAUUGUAUUGCAUUGUAUUGCAUUGUAUUGUAUUGCAUUGUAUUGUAUUGCAUUGUAUUGUAUUGCAUUGUAUUGUAUUGCAUUGUAUUGCAUUGUAUUGUAUUGCAUUGUAUUGUAUUGCAUUGUAUUGUAUUGCAUUGUAUUGUAUUGCAUUGUAUUGUAUUGCAUUGUAUUGUAUUGCAUAAUGUGACAAUGUGAUGUGGUAUGAUGUAUUGUGGUGAGGUAUAGAUUAUUGCAUAGUGCGACUUGGUGCCGCAUCUCAUCCAUUACAAUACACUUACUACAUCUCAUAAUAUAUUCUCUAGAUAUCAAGCAUUCCACAAUAUUGGAGUUGGCUCCACAACAGUAUCUUACCAGCAAUCAACCCACCUUACUGGUACGGCCCUUAUGGCUUGGACGAUAUCGAGACCAUCUCGAAAACGAUUGCCAGUAAAUCUCGAGCCAAGGCGAAGUCUAAAAGUAGCAAGACUAAAUCUAGUGGUUCUUCUGAUUCUGAUGAUCUGGAAGUAAUGUAUCAUGGUUAUCCCAAAGGAUUUACGGCAGAUAGAGCUGUCUCGUAUACUGUAGGUUUGGCACGAGCCCGACAGUUGAGGAAUGCCCCGCAAGGUGGGUGGUUAUAUUUGUAGGUUGUAAUGAGCGUUACAAUAUCCAUUUCGCCUUAGUCGCAUGUGAGAAGCGUGCUUCAAGUUGGAAUCAUCCAAACACCACUGGUUUUUUAAGGGCUUACUUGAGGCCCCAUCUGUAUUAACACUGGAGCAAUAAGAGAUGGCCUUAGUGCCAUUACUGGACUUCUAUGGAGAACAGUUUAGAACUGAUGGAGCUGUCCAGUUAGUUUAGUUUAAGUUUCCUCCUGUAUAACACUGGAGCGAUAAGGGAUUUGCCUGAGUGAAGAAUAGUUCAGAAUUGGUAGAGCUGUCUAGUGUAAAUAAAGUUAGUUUAGUUUAGGUUUCCUCCUGUGGUAACACUGGAUCAAUAAGAGAAGGCUCUUACUGGAUCUCUAGGGAGAGAUUUAGAACUGACUGAUGCUAGUUUAAGUCAGCUGUUUAGAACAAGAAUAACAAUGAAUUUAUGCUCAAAAUUUACUUAUUUCCUUUCAGAAUCUUGUGUUAUACACCCUACUGUUCGCCAUCUUAAUCGUCAAUGUAGUCAAGAAUACAGUUGGUCUAACGAAGACGAAGGAUGCUACAACGUUAGUUGGUCGACGUAUAAUGGAUCUGCACACAAUUGUCAACAAAUGAAAGGUGGAAGAUCUCCGUGGACAUAUCACACCGCCUGGGAACUCAAAGGCACACCCUUUUGGGGCAAGUUUCAUAAUUACUGGGGCGGAGGUAAGAAAUGCUGUUCCAUAAACUAAAUUAAAUUUAUCAGUUCUAAACUGUUCUUCCAAGAGGUCCAGUAAGGGUCAUCUCAUAUUGAUCAGGAGGAAACCUAAACUAAACCAACUUAAUUUAUACUGGAUAUAUAUAGUUCUAUUAGUUCUAAACUGUUCUUUCUAGAGGUUCAGUAAGGAUCAUCUCUUAUUAAUCCAGUGUUACUACAGGAGGAAACCUAAACUAAACUAACUUUAUUUAAACUGGAUGGCUCUAUCAGUUCUAAACUGUUCCCCCUAGAGGUCCAAUAAGGAUCAUCUCUUAUUGAUCCAGUGCUACUACAGGAGGAAACCUAAACUACACUAACUUGUGCAGGAUGGCUGUAUCAGUUCUGAACUGCUCUCCAACCCAACUCAUAUUUCAUAUUCUCUUUCAGGCUAUGUAUGGAAUGUAGACACCAGUUUAUCCGUGGUCCAAAAAGAAAGGAAAUUACUGGAGGAACAAUCAUGGCUCGACCGGCAGACUCGGGCAGUCUUUUUCGAGUUCACCAUAUACAACGCAUUCACGAACUUUUUCUGCUCGGUGAAUUUACUUCUGGAGAAACAAAUCACCGGUGGCUUUUACCCGUACGGACAAUUGCACAGCCUACGAUUAUACCACUAUGUCGGUGCCGAAGCGUUUAUCACCCUUGUAGGCGAGAUUAUUUUCGUAUGCGUCUUGGGUUAUAUCUUCACGCGCGAGCUGAAGGAGGCCCGAAGCCGUGGCCUCAAGAGUUAUUUCAAAGACCCGUGGAAUUACUUUGAUAUUUUGGGUUUGGUCUUUUCUUUCACGUCCAUCGGAUUGUAUUUCGCCAGAAUGGCAGCCACAUUGCUCGCUUUGAGGCGAAUCAACGAAAACCGAGACUCUUUUGUGAGUUUCCACUACGUUAGCGCCAUAGACCAAUCGUUCACGAUCCUACUAGCACUGGCAGUUUUUGUCUAUUUUUUGAAAGUUCUCCGACUUUUGCGAUUCAAUCGAAAAAUCAGCCUCCUUUCCACGACCCUAAUAGCAUGUACGCACACACUAUUCGGCUUCCUGCUCACGUAUAUGCUAUUAUUCGCCGCUUACGCGCAGCUUGUCUACAUUGUUUAUGGUCGGGAUAUGCCUGAAUUUGCAAGCUAUCAGAGAUGCCUUUCGAGUCUAAUGGAAAUGACUCUUGGCUCGAGCGAUUUUGAUCAAAUGAAUGCAACAAACCGAAUUCUAACCGGUUUUAUAUUCUUCAGCUAUACCCUACUUAAUACGUGCGUGUACAUGAACUUGUUUAUCUCGAUUUUAAGCGAGACUUUCUCAGCAGUACGCGCAGAUGUGUUGCUACAACCAAACGAUCAUGAAAUUAUAGAUUUCAUGAUAAAAAGUGUAAAGAAGUCUAUUUUCCAUGCGGUGGAGCCCGUUACAGAGCCUAUAUACAGAGAACCCAAAGAUGAUAUAGAUUUAGGAGUGGACAAGAUAUCUGAGUCGUCAGAAUGUAUACAGGGCGUUCUGCAAGGCUAUUGCAAAGAGGACAUACGCCAGACGUUAUGGUUUGGGGAUAAAUCUAAAAUGCAAGAGAAGGGUGUACUUUUGAAUAUACUACUUGAAAGUGGGGAAAUUUUGAGUGAAAAUGAUAUCGGUGAUGCAGUGCCUUUGUUUGAAGAUAUUUUAAAGAAGUUUAGCAUGGAAGAUCUGUUGCUUAUACGAGAUAACCAGAGAAGAAAGCUUGCCGCGGAACUUGCAAACUCGAUGUGUUCAAGUAGCAGGGGAUCCAGGUUUAGUCCUCGGGGACCCAGUGCGAUUUUCAGUGAUGAUGGUGAUUUGGAAGUGAAUGGUACUAGAGACCAUGGUGAAGAUACUGUCUCUGGUGAGAAUGGUGAAUGCUGGUCCCGUGCUGGUGGUGGUAAUGAUGGUGGUGAUAAUGAAGAUGGUGGUGAUGGUAAUAUUAGUGAUAGCAGACACGGUGACAGAAAUGGUGACGAUGAUGGUUAUGAUGAUGAUGAUAAUGAUGGUGGUGGUGGUAAUGAUGGUAACGAUGGUAGUGGUGGUAAUGAUGGCAGUGGUGGUAAUGAUGGUGAUGGUGGUGAUGGUAAUAUUAGGGAUGACUACGAUAGUGAUAGCAGAUACAGUCACAGAGAUGGUGGUAAUGAUGGUGAGGAUAAUGAUGGCAAUGGUUACGAUGAUGGUGGUGGUGGUGAUGGCAAUAUCAGGGAAGACUACGAUAGUGAUGGCAGAUACAGUAACAGAGAUGGUGGCAAUGAUGGUGAUGAUGAUGGUAAUGGUUAUGAUGAUGAUGAUGAUGGUGGUGAUGGCAACAUCGGGGAGGAUUACGAUAGUGAUGGCAGAUGCAGUAACAGAGACAGUGAUGAUCUUGAUAAUGAUGGUGAUAGCAGUGAUGAUGGUGAUGUCUAUAGUGAUGGUGCUGAUCAAAAUGACAGACCUGCUCUUUCUAAUUAUUCUACACAUGAUGGUGGUUCUGACAGUGACAGCGACCAGUCUGACGGUGAUCAGUCUGGUGAUGGUUCUCACAGUGAAACAGAUCACGAGGAUAACCCUAGAGUCAAUCAACCAAAUCAAGGUACUAUUGACCAACAUGAUUCUGGCAAGUAUGAUGGUGAUAACAAACCUGAGAAUACAGAAAAUUUCGGUUCGACCAGCCUGUCGAGUCCUCGGAGCAAUGCUUGCGUGAUCGUCAUGGAAACGGACAAAGAGGAAUAAUAUGCAACAUGUUAUUGAAAGAUAAGAGCAUAUUUUUUAUUAUAAAUCGUGAGCAGGGCCUAAUUGAUUCGUAAAAUGGACUAUCCCACCACAAAAGUAAAAGGGAAUUUUUUUAAAAAACGAAGCAGUUCUGUACACCGCUGACUCCCGUGCAAGAAGGGGGAGGAGUGGAGCUUUUUUACUUAUCAGUUUUGGCUUGCUCUAUCUAUGGUACGAUAUAUAAAAAAUAUAAACUAUUUAAUAUAACAUACAAUUUAUAUAAUACAUAAAUCAUAAACACUACGAGUUAAACAUAUUUUAAUUAAACGGCAAUGUAACAUAUGAUGUAAAUUGUAAACGACAACCGAGAAUUUCUCGGGGCUAAUUUUUAGUUGUACACGUAAAGAAUAUUGCAAUAAAAAGUUC